UAUAUUCGUACAGCUGUAAGAGAAAGUGCAUCCACGCUGCUGCAAUAAUUAAAAGCACGAUAGUAAACAGACUUUGCAAUACAUUUAGUUGCCUAGAAUUUUUAGGAUUCUUUACGGUUACUUCUUAUUGGUGUUUGUACUGACCUAUCAAGGCUGGCCAGAUCUUCCGGAAAAGUUUGACAAAGCAUGGGAAGUGUUUCAGUUUACUUCAUUAGACGAACUUGUCUUUAUUGAUUUCUAAAGUAUUAGACUUAGUCAUAAUUAUGUCUAAGGAAAUGAAAAAUAACGUAUGGAAUACAUGCUUAUUUAAGGUUGCUAACCGCUGUUUGCUACAGUUCCUGUGGUUUGCAGUUGUUGCAAGUGUUGAAGAUAUUAGUCCGAAAAAUACUCUGGUGUGGGGUCCAGGAUUAAAGUCCCGUAUUGUACUACCCGUGAGAUACUUCUUCAUUCAGACAGUCAACACUGCAGGGCAAAACUUCACUCAGUCACCAGGCAGCUCUGCUUUCACUGUGGCAAUAAAAGCACUUUCUUCAAAUGAAUAUGUUAGAAUCCAUGUGCCUAAUCCACUGGAUCGAAAUGAUGGUUCGUUUCUCAUGAGGUAUAGAAUGUACAGCAGCGUCACGGGUGGGUUAAAGAUCGAUGUACUGCACCAAGGUAAACCAGUUGCACAGUCGCCAUAUAUUUUGAAAGGGCCAGUUUAUCAUGAGUAUUGUGAUUGUCCAGAGGAGGAUCCCAAGGUGUGGGUGAAGACCAUGUCUUGCCCUUCUAAAGAACCACAGAUUUCCAAGGAUUUCCAUGCUUUUCCCAGCAUUGACCUUCAAAGAAUGCUGCAUGAAGUCAAGAACAACUUUGCAGAGCAAAGGGGGGCUAUUAUUCAUUAUACUAUACUUGACAACAAAAUCUAUCGCCGUUGCUUGGGAAAGUACACCGACUUCAAGAUAUUCUCAGAUGAAAUUCUCCUUUCUUUGUUGAGAAAGGUUCGUAUUCCUGAUGUUGAAUUCUAUAUAAAUGUUGGGGACUGGCCACUGGAGCAUCGCCAUGUGAAUGAUACUCCUGGUCCCAUACCAUUUAUUUCAUGGUGUGGAUCUAAAGACACAAGAGACAUAAUUCUGCCUACAUAUGAUAUAACUCAUUCCACACUGGAGACCCUGAGAGGUGUCAGUAAUGACCUGCUUUCCAUUCAAGGACAUACUGGGCCUCCAUGGGAAAACAAAACAGAGAAAGCAUUCUUCAGAGGAAGGGAUAGUCGUGAAGAACGUCUUUACUUGGUCCAACUUUCUAAGAAAUACUCAGAGUUGCUGGAUGCAGGCAUAACAGGAUAUUUCUUCUUCAGAGAAAAGGAGAAGGAGCUUGGAAAGGCAACACUUGUUGGAUUCUUUGAUUUCUUCAAGUACAAAUAUCAAGUGAACGUGGAUGGUACUGUGGCAGCUUAUCGGUUUCCAUACCUCAUGUUGGGUGACAGUUUGGUACUGAAGCAGGACUCUUCUUAUUAUGAACAUUUUUACCAGAUGCUGAAACCAUGGAAGCACUACAUUCCAGUGGAAAGAAACCUUGCUGACCUCAUUGAAAAGAUUAAGUGGGCAAAGGAAAAUGAUGCUGAAGCAAAGCGUAUUGCCAAGGAAGGGCAAUUAGUAGCAAGAGAAGUGUUGCAGCCUCACAGACUUUAUUGCUACUACAAUAAAGUUUUCCAGCAAUAUGCAAAACGACAGCUCAGCAGUCCUGAAGUCCGUGAAGGAAUGGAGCAUGUUCCACAACCUACUGAUCAUGAAUCAUUCUGUACCUGCCUGAAAAAGCAGUCUCAUAAAGAAGAACUUUAAAAUUCUAUGAACAGAACUAAAACAGCCCUCCUACCCUAGGUGCUUGAAAUAGUUUAAACACAGCAGAGUAAAGCCUUUUGGAAAAGUUGAGUUUACUGGUGUUGUUUCAGUGGAAUAUUAGAGACUGCAGUACCUCAUGUCACAAAACUUUUGUGUGUGUUUCUUUGUUGGGGGAGAGAGUGUUCAAACCUGAACUGUACACUUUCAAAGCCUAUUGAGGGCACCACUGGGAUUUGAUGUAUUAAUAAAGAAGGUCACCACUUGGGGGUUGCAGUGUAAUAUUUACACUGCAAACACUUAACUGACACCCUAGUCUGGUGUACUAUUAAGCAAUAAUCCAUGUCUGUGCAUGAGUAUGUCAGGAUUUACACACGAUUGGUGGGAUUUGAUUAAACAAAGCCAGCUGUGGGUAAAUCCUAAUAUAGCCACAAACAGGAAUGGAUUAUCGCUAUUGUACAAUCACAUUAUUGAAAAAAGAAAUUGAUCCCUUUUCUUUAAAGAUUUAUUUGUAUAAGGGCACUUCAGGCUUCUGCAUUUUCUUCCCUGUGCUGAUGUAUUUGCACAUGUGUAUGGGACUUGCAUUCCCACACUUCCACAGUACAUUAAUGCAGGAGAUGCAAUAGAGAAAGCAGAAUCCCUGUUAUUGUUUUAAUGGUAACUGUUUACAUAUAAGGAAAGUCAGGUAGGUUUCUGUUUGGUUAGUUUUGUAGAACAUACCUGAUUUGUUUUCUUAUAUUUUUGUGUCCCUUAGCAUAUACAUAUAGAAAGGCUGGAUAUUUAAUGGUACUUCAGUGACUGAAUUUUUUUCUGUUGGUACAUGCUAGAUUUACAACAGGCACACUGCCAGUCAGUGUUACUGUUUUUGAAUAUUAAUGAGCAUUUAUUGUAUAAUUAUUAUUAUCAGAAGACAUUAUCUGUGAGCUGUUGAGUGCACUGAUUUUUUUCUUUUUUUAUAAAAUUAUUCACAACUUUGUGAUCCACUUGACCACUCCACAUAUGUUUUUAUAUAUAUAUAUAUAUAUAUAUAUAUAUAUAUAUAUAUAUACACACACACACACACACACACACACACACACACAGUUGUCAUUUGUGUCUUUCUGCUCACAGCAUUAUACAAAAUCCCUGGAAAGCCAGUUCAGAAGGGAGAGAAGGGCAGCUGAUAGGUAAGCCUAAUAUAUCAGUAGAAAGUGAUCAGCAUUAUCCUGUUGCAUUUUGUUUAUAUUAGUUUAGUGUGUUUAUUUUUUCAUUUUUGAAAAUUGCACCAUCUAGCAUCCUAAAUCAUUGCUGCCCUUCCUUGAAAAUCAGUAUACAUUUCUACUCUGCUCCUUUUUAUUAAGAUCAUGUUAUAAUAAUUCAGAAUUUUAACACCCUGUAGUUAUGUAUUCUCACUAGGUGAGAACAACUUUUUGUUAAGAUCAUGUUGUAAUAAUUCAAAUUUUGUAAUGCCCUAUAAUCGUGUAUUCCCACUAGGUGAGAACAAAGUAAUAUUAACAGUAUGUACGAAAGACUUUACUGUUGCCAGUAUUGUUUCUUGAAUAUUCAGAGAAUACUUUUGUUAUUCUAAGGAAGCAGUCAACUGUGUGUCUCUAUUCACUGCUGGAGUGCUGCUUUUUAUUGUCAAGCUCCACAUUUAGCUUAGCUGCUUCACAUAAUUGUAUACUGCUUCCAUUUUAAAGGUACGUGUGAAAAAUCAUGUCCAUAGAUUUAUAACUCUUUUUGUACAGGUGUACUGUUGUUUAUACGCAAGUCAUGUAUGCAGUGUUUUAAAAAAAAUGAUGUGUGACCAAGUAGCAGAUCUUUUGUUAACAGUGAAAUGGUUUGAAGUUAAAUAUUUGGACUGACCUUGAAUGAGAAGAUGCUGUGUGAAAAAAUGUAUUUUAUUUAAUAUUUCUAGCUUUUUGACAUGAAUAUUCAUUUGGCAGUUUUAUCAAGCCAGAAGCAGCCGAAGACGACCAAGAGAGUUAAUAUUCUUUCACCGUGUCAGGAAGUAAUAUUUGUUUAUCAGAAGGAAGGUGCUUUAUGUAUUUAUAAUUUUAUCUGUCUAAAGAAAAAAUGCAGCAAGCAUAUGCCACAGCCAUGUUUUGCGUAAUAAAA